ACAGAACGUUUUUGACAAACAACGCAGGAAGAACGAAAACAGGACGACGAAUUUCACCACAAACAAACCGCGCCAUUAUUAAAAACAGGACGUUUUUGUGCUUUUUCGUUUAGUUAUCCCUAUUUGGAUUGAAAUUGUUGUUACAAUUUGAGUUAGGAGCAGUAGUAUUACAGGUGUGCACUAACGGCAUUUAUUUUGAUAUCAAUCUGCAGGAUAUUCCCGUGAGAGGUGUUUAUGUGCAAAAUAGCCGAGAAAAAAUUUAUCAGUAAAACUUGUUUUCAUUGGCUGCUGGAAAACCCCGCAGAGCUCCUAGUGUUGUGUGAAUUCCGGGUAUUUUCCCUUUGUCGCAAGGGUCGCAAGUGCUUCGAAGCAGGUAUUGCCGAAGGAAUGUGAAACUGCGAAGCGAUUAAUGGAAGUUAAGUGUUGAGUUAUUUUUUUGGUUCUACAUUUUGAAACGCAUAUACGUCGUGCAGAUUCACGAAAACAAGUGUGAAAGCGAAAUCAGUGGACGGAAAGAAUAAAGUGGCAAGAAAUAGAAAUAAAAUACGCCUUCAGGAAUCAAUUGAGGCAAGAAAUACGGAAUAAAUCCUGCGUACGGACGGAAGCAAAUAGAACAACACAAAAACCUACGCCAAAAUGGCUGGUGUAUUCGAUUUGGAGCUGCACGAUGAGGACAAUAUUCGUGACUCAGACGAUGAUGUGAUCGAGGUCGAUGAUCUUCCAACAUCUAUACUUACAUCACUGCUGACGGGGUUUCAUCGGAGAGCAGAAUGUGCAGCUAGAGAAGUCGAUCUGGAACCAGAGCUGCACAUCAACAGCAACCUCGAUGCGGAAGGUUCGGAAACCAUCCCCCUGUCAGAGGAAAUCGUCAACCCGGGCCGGAUGAAGCUCGGUCCCCAGGAUUUCGAGCUGAAAAAGGUGCUCGGCAAGGGCGGCUACGGAAAAGUCUUCCAAGUUCGAAAAACUACCGGUGCCGACUCAAACUCCUACUUCGCCAUGAAAGUGCUGAAAAAAGCGUCCAUAGUUAGGAAUCAAAAAGACACAGCCCACACACGUGCGGAACGGAAUAUCCUGGAAGCAGUGCGGCAUCCAUUUAUAGUAGAAUUAGUGUACGCCUUCCAGACAGGUGGAAAAUUGUAUUUAAUUCUAGAGUAUUUGAGCGGGGGCGAGCUAUUUAUGCAUUUAGAGCGGGAAGGAAUAUUUUUAGAGGACACAACUUGCUUUUACCUUUGUGAAAUCAUCCUCGCACUAGAGCAUUUGCACAAUCUGGGCAUCAUCUACCGAGAUCUGAAACCGGAAAAUGUACUGCUAGAUGCCCAAGGUCACGUCAAGCUGACAGAUUUUGGCCUUUGCAAGGAACACAUACAGGAGGGAAUCGUGACGCACACUUUCUGUGGUACUAUUGAGUAUAUGGCUCCAGAAAUUCUAACGAGAAGUGGUCACGGCAAAGCUGUCGACUGGUGGUCACUGGGUGCGUUAAUGUUCGACAUGUUAACGGGCAUGCCUCCCUUCACAGCAGAUAACCGCAAAAACACGAUAGACGCCAUCCUGAAAGGAAAGCUAAACAUCCCCGCAUACCUGGCGGCAGAUUCCAGAGAUCUCAUCCGCCGGCUCAUGAAGCGACAAGUGUCGCAACGACUCGGAAGCGGAUCGUCAGACGGACAAGCGGUGCGAUCGCACUCAUUCUUCAAAAAUGUGAAUUGGGAUGACGUUCUAGCGCGACGUUUGGAUCCACCAAUCAAGCCGGUCUUGCGAAGUGAAGACGACGUCUCGCAGUUCGACACAAAGUUUACUAAACAGAUACCCGUCGACUCGCCGGACGAUUCGACGCUAAGUGAAAGUGCCAAUUUAAUAUUUCAAGGAUUCACCUACGUCGCCCCCUCAGUUCUAGAAGAAAUGCAACAGCCACGAGUAGUGACGGCGCGCUCGCCCCGACGAAUGCCGCGACAACACCAUAGCAGCCACCAUCACCAUCAUCACAGUAGUCAUCACCACCAAAGCGGGCACGGACACCAUCGGUUUGGCGGCACGAUAGAGAACGGUGCCAUUACUUUGGCGGACGAACAGAUGCUCAGUAUGCCUCGGUCGCAGGCGAUGGCAUCGAAUCAUCAUCAGUCCCAGCAGCACCCGCAUCAUAUAGUGUUUCAGCAGCAGCAACAGCCACAUCAACAACAGUCACAACCUCAGCAGCAACCGCCACAGCAGUCAGCGUCGAGAAGUACGCAGUUCGUGGCGGGACCGAACGCUCGACAUACGCCGGCACAUCUGCAGCCGUUCGCACCACGGCCUUCCCCUCAGGAUGAAAUGAUGGAGGUGUAUGCGGAGCUGCCGAUUUCAUAGCCUAGAAUGGAAUAUAACAAUUUUAGAAGAUUUAUAAUAUAAUUGAAGAAAAGGUGAAACACUAAUAGUCUAAUUACCCCCACACAUACCCCUUGUCCCUCGGAUGAAGAAACAACCCAGAAGCAAGCAGAAACAAUAAAGGCGUAAAGGAACCCGAACAGCAGUAGAAGAGAGCAUAAUAGUGUAGAAGUAAGUUGAUGGUAAUGAGUUGGCGAAGCAGAGAAAAUGCCACGGUAACAUAACUGAACCAUUAGUUAGAACGAAUGCUAAUUGAAACACCGGAACAGCACCAUAUUUCGAACAGUUGAGGAUUUUUUUCGAUAGGAUGUUUUUUUUUUACAAUUCAGUUGUUUUAGUUAAUUCAGAUGUAUCAGUUGAUUAAUUUUCAAAUUAGGCAAUUCUUUUUCUAACCUAACGAUCUAAUAUAUAAAGCGUCGCAAACAUUUUAGUUGAAAUGCAGGAAAAUCUAACUUAUGAUAUUUGAAAGAUACAAUUUGAAUGAUAGGGGCAUACAUAUUUUUUGAACCAUCUAUCCUUAAUAAUAGAAUGAAGUAAGUAACUCAUUUCAACGUUAUGUUGGUUAGCUCUAGGUAAUUAUAUUUUGAGUUAAGCUCUCUCUGUUUUAGAGAAAAUGACGAAAUACUUAUUUACCAGUUUUUUUUUUGUUUUGAUCCAUUUACACUGUUUUUCAUUCAAAUAAUUUCUAGCGAGUUCCAAUUAAGCGUUCUACUGACUGUAGCGACGAGUAAGUAAGUACUAUUUGUGCUGCAAGAUUAUCAGUUGUAUAUUAUUUCGUUCAGAUGCUUAAUCAUACAUGCCGUUGUUCAAGUAAUUACAUGAAAUUUGACAAAAUAAAACAGGCAUGAAACGAGCGAUAACAGAAUUUUCCCGUGUCACAACUCAACCCAUAUUAAUCCAACAUUGUUGAAAAUUUGGUGCAUUGACGGUAAUCACGUUGAGAUCAGAGAGUACAUAUUUAAGAAGCAUGAUCAAGAUGACUAGGCAAUAUUUAAAUGCGAUUGACCAUUAUUGAAUGAAGACGUAAGUUAAAUCAUAGGAAACAGGAAAAUGUGGUCAUUGUGCUCCAGAAUAUAUAAAAAGUGAAACAAACGUGUGAAAGAGAAAGCGUGAGUAACCGAAUGAAUAUGGGUGUGUAAGUUGUGAAACACUGUUCAAAUUUUCGAGUGGAUUUGUUUUUUCUUCAACUUUUCAACGUCGUUUCUCACUAUUCGUACACCUCACUGGCUGGACUUUAUUAAUAUCUGUGGAUAGGAUAGACGUCUUUUGGACUCAAACUGUAUUACGCCUACAUCUUGACUAUUUCGAAUUGUUAAAAGCGUGAAUUAUGUUUUGAAUUGCAUCAUUUGUUCUGAAAAAUCAUCAUAAAGAUACUAAAAAUUAAUGUUCGGGUAUUCUCAGAAGGUAUUAGACAAUUAUUGGCCACAAAAAAAAUCAUUGCGAAGGUGCCGAGCAAGUGCAUUUUAUCAUUCAGCAAUUAACUGACAAAUAGAUGGCAGCACUUGCUUAGCACUGGUUUUUGCUGGAAUGAAUAAUAUUAAAUUGAGGGAAUGAAUUUAAAACAAAAAUGUAUAAAGUUUAGGACUGUUAAAACAAAUUUUCUAAUAAGUACGGUACAGAGGAAAGAUGUGUUUUGAAUUAUGAGCGCUGAACGACAGGAGAUUAAAAACACAAAAACGCGUUUGCAACAAAAUGAGAACCAUAACAUCAGCAAAAUACAACAAUUUUGAUUUUUGAAAGUGGUUCAAGGGGCGUGUACGGUUUUUUCUUUGUGUUGAAGUGACUAAAACAGUUUUGUUUUAUUGCCCAUCAUUCAAUUCGAUCUAUCCAAAAAUCACCCAAGCGAGUAUGUUUUCGUUCACACACUUUUUCAAACGAAAAUUGAAUUGGAUACUCGUUUACGCCAGCAAAAUCAAAUGGGAAACAAUUUUGUUUUUCGUCCGUAAACCAGACCACGGAUGAAUACUUUCACAACAGUUUUGUCCAGAUUUGUUCAUUCAAUUCUCGCGGAACUCCAAAUUGGAACGCACGGAAAAGCAAUAGACAGCUUUCAAGCGGUAAAGUCAAUAUAAAAGUGUCAAUGUCCUGUUUCAUCAACAGUGUACAAGAUAAGUUGCUUGAAUGUAAACUUUAAGUCGAAACAACGCAAGAUCUUCGACGUGCUUUGCGCGUCGGAGUGUCGUGUCUAGCAGCUACGUCCGUUUUUGUUUACUACGCAGUUCAAUUGAGCGAGUCUGCAUUACAUUGUUUGCUGUUUUUUUGGGAUAUUAACCCCGAAGAUUAUUCAUGAUCGCAGCAAGCCAUGCGCGCGGAUGGUUGCAUUUAAAUUUGCUGUCACGUUUUUGUUCGUUUCCGCAAGAAAUAAAUUCGGCUGAUGUAUAUUUUUUGCAUAUGUACCAGAAGCAAAAAGUUUAAGUUUACAUUUACUCAAGUGUAUUCUUAUUAGAGCGCGCGAAAUCGUUUGUGUAGUUUGUAUACGCGGAUGUGUUUGGUGAAAAUAUGUUUGAAUGUGUAAUAAUACCAGGAAAAUAUGGAUCAUUAACGAAUUGCUCGGAUUAGCGCUGGAAGAGUAGUGAUUUUUUCGUGGAGACUAGUUGUGGUUUUUUCUACCUCAGUUCAUUUACACGGAAUUUGAUCAAUUUGGUGAGAUUGUUUCAAUUUGUUUUUAUAUGAUUCCAAAACUAAAUACGCGCUGGAUUUAAAAAUCCGGAAGUUUGUUUAUGGAUCCAUUAUCUAAUUGAUAAUGGUAGCAUAAACAGGCGGGGCUUAUUGCAAGUGAAAGUAACCUCGGACUGGACGUGAGUUACCAGGCAGUCUGAAAUGGGUUACUGGAGCUGCAGUAGAGCUAACACCUUCUAACUCCCGGGCUAAAGCUGACUUUAUUAAAGACAGCUUUCUUCCAUAAUACCACUGCCGAACAGUGGGGGUUAGAUUGAAGAUACACACACAUACACACAUUAACCCCGAAGAUUAUUCAUCCCUAAUUGUAGGCAAUUCAGUUACGAGAACCUGCUCAGAUAGGGAUUAAAUAACGAGCACAGGAACAACGUUACCCAGUUACCUUGUAGAAUCCAAGUCCGUGAAUCACUAUCAGCUUUCAUAACGGGAAGGUUCUCCUGAUAUUCGUACGCUACGUGAUGUUCGGAGCCCAAUCGAAUGCAAAAUCCUAUUCCAAGUCGCUCGCUCAUGGGUCGCCAAUCGCCAGUCUCCCUAUACACCGGCCGUAAGCGCAUCUUCCUUGAUUGCACACAGCCAUGGCUUCUGCUAAACAUCACUUUUGCUGGUCUCUCUUCCGGUAUACGCACUACAUGUCCAGCACACUGUAAUCUGCCGUAUUUUAUCAGGCUUCCUAUGUCCGCAUUUUUGUAUACUAAGGACUGUUCAGUUUAUAAAGAGGACACAUUGUAUUGUCGGUCUUUUUAAACCAUCAAUCUUUUUAGAAAUCUGUUUUGUUUCGUUGAAUAUAUUAGCUGACCUUCUAGACAUGAAAUCCAAUUAUCAACAAAACAAUUUUAACUUAGAAAUUUACGAUAUUUAUAACAAUCUCAAUUUAUUGGAUUUUCAACAGCUAAAACCGUUUAUAUUCAGUUUUCGGACUGCCACAGGCUCUAAUGUUUCUGGACAUCGACAAAUCAAUGACGGUGUAUUUCUUUCUGAUCUUCUUGAUGAUUUUGUUGAUAUCCCGAUUCAGAUUAUUUAUUACAAAUGUCAAUUUUGCUUAUAAAAAUGUGUUGGUAAACUUAUGUUUACGCGAAAUUCGAGAAGCUUUGACAAUAGGCGCCAUUUUGUUGGACUUAAACUGUUUUAUCUCUUUUCAAAAAUUACAGUUGAUUGACAGUGUAUUAUAAUAUACGAUAAUACAAAUUCAAUCAAAAUUGAUCAUUCUGUCUAUUUUAUAUCGUCAUAUGAAAGUGUCCUCUCAAUAAAUUGAACAGUCCUUACUCGUCAAUGCGUCUGCGUCAUUCACUACUUUCUACCAUGCUGCCAUAAUUAAAUAGUCAUUAAUACACGCAGUAUUUUGCACUCCAAGAAUUCGAAAGUCUGCAUCUGUUUCUAUCAACGAUGUGUACAGAGCUACUUCUUUCCGUUUCUGUAAGCUACGAGGCUUUAGCUAGUUAUGCAAACCUCUGCUAUCUACACCAAUAAUGUCGAUGUCAUCCUCAAAACCAAGGAGCAUGUAAGACUUGUUGAUGAUAGAUUGAUUUAUUUGCACACAAAAUCUUCGAAUUGCACUUUCCAGAGCUAUGAGAGCGCACUACCCUGUUUAAAUCCAUCUAAUGUCACGAUAUUAUGACGCCCGAUUUAGACCCAGUCAGCAUCACACGAAUCAGUUUGAUUAGAUUUUCCGGAAAGCCAUUAUAUGCCACAGUUGGAUUCGUUUCAUUGAGUCGUACGCUGUCUCAAAUCCACAAACAGAUGAAGAGUGGUAUUCCCGGAAUUUAAAAAGGAUUUGUCGCAGGGCCCUCCUUAGCUUAGCGGUUAGACGCGCGGCUUCAAAGCAAGACCAUGUUGAGAGUGGCUGGGUUCGAUUCCCGGUGCCAGUCUAGGCAAUUUUUGUAUUGGAAAUUGUCUCGAUUACCUUGGGCAUAAAAGUAUCAUCGUGUUAGCCUCAUGAUAUACGAAUGCAAAAAUGGUACCAUGGCUUAGAAACCUCGUAGGUAAUAACUGUGGAAGUGCUGAAUGAACACUAAGCUGCGAGGCGGCAAUGUCCCAGUGGCGGAUGUAAUGCUAAUACGAAGAAACAUCUGUCCGUUGAUGAUAGUCCUUCUCGAACCCCGCUCUGAUAUUCGUAGCGAAAGGUCUCCGCAAACGGGCGCAGUCUGCUAAACAGAGUAAGAGGUAAAAUAGUAGAGACAAUCGUGCGUAUUCUUGAGGAUAUAUGAGGCCAUCAAGCCAAAUCGCAUGAGCUUGAUGGCAUCAAAGCAUUUCUUCUUCUUCCCUAAUCAUUUCAAUCACUUGGCAGAUUUUUCCAUUCAGCCGGUCACUCCUAACUUUUAGAAGCUUGGUCGGAUUUAUGACAGUCGCUGGUGCGGUUUUCUUGCGCAUGCUGUUGAUCGUCUUGUAGAACUUCCGCGAGUCGUUUCUGGAAAAGCUUCCCUCUGCCGCCGAGAGAACUUUUCGUUAUACCCCCAUUUCUUACGAUGGUGGAGUUUUUUCUUUGUCACCUGCCUUUCCCAGGUAGUACAUUCCAAUCAAACUUGAUUGCAGCAACUUGAUUGGAGAUCAAAUUCAGUCACAUAUAAGUUGCUGAAACCGACUCGAAUCAUCUGUACUAUGGGUAGUUUUUUAUAUCGUUCUCUGUUUUGGUGUGUAGCGGCUACGAGCAUGCGACUCCAGGUCUGGUUUUUCUUAUCUGUCAUUCUUUGGCACUCCACAUCAAACCAGCCUUUCCGGUGAUUUCCUUGUGUGGUGUCAAUUAUCUCUGUGGCUGUUGUAUAAUUUUAUGUACUUCUUGCCACAAUGCGUUCAAAUUUUCUCCAGUUGGGUGUGGGGUGUUGGAUUCGUUCGUCGAGUUUAUGAGCAAAUUACUCCGCAACGCCUUUGUCCGACGAUCGCUGUAUGAUCGCAUAGUUUUUUCACGCCUAGAACCGCUGAUAUGCUGGACAGCCUUGCGGGAAUCUUACAUACCGUGCUGUGCCCUUAUUCCGUUCACCUAAGACAAUGCGCUAUGUCUAAAAGCUCUAAAAAAUAGCCGUUUAGUAUUUUGAAGCUGCAAUUUCGCUACAAAGUGUCAUUUGCUAUAUACAAUUGAAAAUAAAAUAUGUUGGGAUGCAUUCAUAGACUUAGGCUCCACUAGUGAAAAAAAUAUUGACAAAUUAUGUGGUCCUAAUUCCAAUCAUCUGAAAUGGCAUUGUUCCUAAUUCCGUUCAUUCGUGUUCCUAAUUCCAAUCACCCGAAAAACAUUUGAUUUCUUGAAGAUGCUAAUACCAGGCAUAAUUUUUCUCACAAAUCCAUCUUUUCAUUUAUUAUAAUAUUGCAAAUAAAAAGCUUAAAAUGUAAUUUCCUUCCAAAUUUGAAAUACAAUGAAUGAUAUUUCCUUAGUAGGUUCAACAUGAACAUUGAUGCUAGCUGCCCAGUUGCAUCAGGUACCACAGAGAAGGCCAGAUACUAUUUCUUAUCGGAGUUUUACACCUUAUCCUCAACGUAAUUUUGACUAGAGCCUGGAUACUAGGCCUUUAAUUCUGACCUGAACCUUCCAAAACAAUGUCUCUGUUUGUUUGGAAUUGUUCGUACCACUGUUUCGUUGAAAUUGAAUAUUCUUUAAAGUUCCGGUUCUUUAUAGUACCGGAUAACCCUACUUCUACGAAGUAUUCACGAAUUUCGGUAAACAUAACCUUAUUUGCAGCUCAGAGAUGGCAGUGUUUUUUUUAAUAGCCAAGAAAUUUCCGGAUAAAGCUUUUAAACAAGAACGCCACAAUUAUGGAUUGUGCUGUUUAAAACUGUCCGUAUUCUCCGGAAACCCUUUCUUAACAUUGUCCAGCAUUCACUUUAUAAAUCAUCAUUAAAUCAUUAACUGAAAAAACUGUAUUAUCCUGGCACGAGUUGAAAAAGGUCUCAUAACCUGUCGUUAACGGAAUUCCUUUCGGUCUGCCUGCUUGCGGGAUAGAAUUUCAAAUGUUCACCAUUCACCACUCAUAUGGCUUCAUGUACGAUGUACCUUUUCUUGCUCAUAGAUAAGAUUUUCAAACAUAGAACUUUCGGAAUCCAUCCUCCAAACCCAAUGAACGAAAUAAGGAACGAGUAGAUUUAGAUGUACCCUUAUUCCGGUCAACAUAUUUUUCACUUUUCAGCAUUUUCUAUCGGGAAAAAACAGGCAACAAUUUGGUAAUACGCUAUAAUGUUACCUGUUUUGUCUUGUUAUGCUGCUGUGUUUGAAAUCCAGGACAAAUUUUCACUUAAAAAUGCUCAAAUGUUAUGACAGACGUUCUUAGCAAGUGGGUUAAUGAAAACAGUCAAAAUGGCGCUCGUAGUGACGACCAACAAAUUUUGUUUAAAUUUUCACUAUUAAUCGCUAAAAAUGACGCUGGUUUUCAUUUCAUUUCAUGCAUACAUAACCAUAGAAAAGUAUAAGGAUAUUUUUCUGCUGUUUGUAGACAAUCUCUUUAUUAUUUAUCAUUUUGUCUUGCGUGAACGGAAUUAGUCGCUGAUUGGAAUAAGGGCACAGCACGGUACCAGCAGAAAGUGGUCAGCGUCAAUAUUUGGGCCUCGGGAAGUUCUCAUAUCAAUGGCAGAAAUGAUCGAUUUGAGAACUCGUAUCGCCAUUUGGGUGCUCCAGGUGUGCCUUUGAAUAUUUUACAGGUGCAAAAUAGCUGCUACAGAAAGCCAUUAUUUUUUUUCUACGUAUGUAUUUAUGGAUAUUGGUUGAAUUCAGAACCAAACAUAUGGCUGAAAAGCUUUUGGAGUCAAGUCAUGUCUUGUUUAGCACGGACUCGUGGCUUUGUUUCAGAAACCACCUUAUAUGUCUUUUGACCAACCAACGUCAAGGGCCCUAUUAGCAGGGAAUGUAAUUCUCACUCAUUCUCAUGAGCAGAGAAUGCUCACUCAUGCAGAUUUUCUCCGAGAAAUCUUUUUUUCGGGAAAGAAAAAGGGUCUGUUGAGAGAUAACCAUUUUUCCCUCACUACUAGCGCAUCGAAAAGUUGAUUUGCUCGUUUUUUUCCUUCAUUCAUCCUUUUCGUGUCAUCCAUCUUUAUGGAACAAACAACCCAAGUUCCAUAUGCAGUCGAUGUGGUGGUUUGGCUAUAGUGGCCGCAUCCCAUCACCAUUUUUGUUAAUGUUUUAGGUUAGAAUCCCGUUGCAGUCAAAAAAAUGGUAUUUAGGCGUAACAAUUAUCAAACGUAAAAAGAAAUUCAUCAAGUAGGGAAGAUUUUCGUUUAUUUGCCAGGUUCGUUCUAUAAAAAGAAGAGGAAUAAAGGAAAGAUUUUUUCCUCUAUAUUUCUGUGAAUUUUGAAAUGAAUAAUUCAGUGCUUCCUUUGUCAUUGUACGCUAGUGCUAAAUGAGCAACUGGCAGGGGAGGGGGCUGAAACCAGCGACCCUUAAAAUCAACCUAGGGACCUUCCACAAAUUAAUGGAAUAAAAUAUAAGUCCAUAAAAUAUAAGUCCAUAAAAAAUAAGCAUAGCAAAUUAAAUCUAUAUAAAUAAAAAAAUACAUUAAAAUUUGUUGAAAGGUAAAAGCUGGACAAGAAGCGGGACUAAGACAUAGAUCUCGGUUGUCUUCCACGGUGGGGAGUCCCCAUCAACAAACUUCGGCCGGGUGGUUAUCUGAGACUGAUUAAUUAUCCAGGAAUUCAAUGGUUUAAAUGCGCUCUUCGAAGUUUAUUCACUACAAUGUGAUAGAAAAGCCAAACUUGGCGCAUAACAUCAAUCCAUAAAACCGUUAGCGAAGACGGUAGGUGGGACUUACACCCGUGUGGCCCAAGCUGAAUGUAGAUCUGGUAUUACUGCCCUCUAUCUUUGAGGAAAUAGAUGAGGGCUGAUAGGCUUGCGGUAUCGAUAGCCAAAGCAUCUCGUAUGUUCUGGCUGACGAUUGUGGGUGAAGUGGAUAAAAUGAAGGUUCCCCCAAACACACGCGACGAGACAAUCGCGACGCGAUUCUAUCGCUUGGCGACUGCGAUUCUGUCGCCGUUGGUAUGGAAGCGUGAAUGGAACAUUGCCUGCAGCGACCCAACGAUAGAAUCGCGGCGACUAGCUGUCGCCGUCGCGGCGAUGAAAUCGCUUAGGUUUGGGGGAGCCUUCAUUUUAUCCACUGAGUGAAACUGAGUGAAACGGAACUGAAAACGUUUAUCUCAUGUCUUGUGGAGUUGGUAGUUAGGUUCUGCAGCAUGACGUCACGAAUGAAUUCGAUCCUCGUCGAAUGAACUUUUUUGACAGUUCAGUAGUACUUUCCACUGACUCCGACAAGGGUAGAGUUCGUGAUUGGUUGGCUGCCCCUGAGUCCAACAAAAAGUACUACUAAGCUGUCAUCAGAUUGAGGUUACGUACAGACGCUGCAGAACAUAAUAAGGUUUUGCUCAUUUAAUUUUGUUUUCACCGUUUGCACUGUGUAGUCCCCAGGGCAUUAAAAAUAGCAUUCAGCAGAAAGAGAUAGCGCUAAGAGAAAAAUUGAAAACAGGAUUUUCCUCACAUAAAGAAUGUUGAUCGUAGUAGCCUGUGAUGUAGCGCACGAUGUUUCAACAAUUUCUAUUGUCGGGCCGCCACCAAACCGCAAGAAUGCCAUUUUUUACCAUUAAUAUAUGAAUUACUGAAUAGCAAAACCUGAUAAUGGUUUGUUUGCGAUAGUUGCUAAAAAGCAAAAAUAAUAACAGACACUGUUCGAGCAAAUAGCUCAUAAAAAACUCAUUUUGCCAUUCACCUAUAUUCUUGUUUAAGUACGAACGCGCUUUCGAUCGAAAGUUGAAGCGCGCAUUCUCGUUUACGCCAGCAAAAUCAAAUGGAGAAACGCGAGAAACGGUUCGAACGAAUCACAUUCGUUCGAAAGUAUCGUUCGUCCGUAAACAAGAAUAAGGGUGAUUAUAAUAACAAACAAACAUCAAAAUAUUUGCAAAAAAAGAAAAUACCAAAUCAUUUAUUAUUGAUACGCUGAAUUUUGGAAUACUAUUUUUUUAAUUUCUCGCCUUUUAUUUAGCAGGUUUCGUGGAGUGUUAUUCCCUUCCUUAAUUCCAUUCUUAAUUUCGAUUUAAUUUUUUUCAAAGCCCAUCCUUUUUCUUGUUCAAAUUAAAUUCCCCACUGAGACAUUUCCGCCUCGCAGCUUAGUGUUAUUUUAGUGUUUCUAACCCAAGUUAGGUACCAUUUUUUUGUAUUCGUGUACUGCCGUUCUACGCAUGCUUGUACCAAAUUAAAAAAACGACAAAUGAGAAAAUGGCAUUUGAAAUUGAAUCCUAAUUUUCAUUGCUGGCGUAUAACCUGAAUGAAAUAUAAGAUUAUUACAUUACAGAACCAUUCAGAAGACUUAAUUUCAUUGAAAUCAUUCUUAUUUUUCACCCACAAAUAGAGUUUGCGUCCACGAUCAUGAAAAUAGUUUGGCGGGACAGUUAUGCCGAGAAAUAGAGCACUUGUUUUGUGGUUUCUACGCAUAUCAGCCCCGUUCAGUGCAUGAUUUCAUGAAUGACUACUGCGAUUGACAUAUGUCUCCACAUGCUUUUUCUAUGGAAGUGAACCAUCCACGUGGUUGAAGUGAUUAUGUCGCUCAUAAUGAGUAAUGUACAAAUUUCCCUCUAUCAAUCAGGGGAACAGGCUAAGAUUAAAAGAUUUAAACAGAAAAUGCUAUUUCAAUGUGUGUUGCUCCAUAAAAUAACAGGAAUUCGCCAUAAUGAUGAAUUUAAUCACCGCGAGACAAUUAUGCGUAGAAAUUAAGCAAUGGGACAAAUAGACUUGAUGUUGUUUUCAAAGAUUUUCCGAACAAAGUUCGAAAUCUGUUAGAGCUUUCUAAAAGUAUACAUCAAAAUAGACUGCUCUGUGGCGAAAAGUCAAAAUCCACAAAAACUAACAUGGGACAACUAUGCGUAGAAGGGCAGUGUUGUAGGAAGUGGAGAAAAUUUCCGACCGAAAAAUGGCAUCAUCGAGAAUUGAACUGAACCCAGCCACUAUCAGCAUGGUCUUGCUUCGUAGCCGCGCGUCUUUCCGGCUAAAAGGCCCAAUUCUUAAUUUAAAUAUAUAAUAUCCUAAUUAAAUAUUUCUAGAAGUGGUAGAGAUGCCACGAGCAUCCCAUCAGACAUGAAUUCAACUGUCGUUUUGAAAUCAAUUAUUGGGUUUUAGAAGCUUUCGAACUUGCUUUCGAACAUAUCCGAUGCGUUCGGAACACUUCCUUAUUUGAUUUUGCUGGCGUAAACGAAAAUGUGCAUAAACUUUCGUUCGAAAGUGCAUUCGAACGCAAACCAUGAGUGAUUAUCGGAAUGCAUUAGAAUGUGCUCGUACUUUUUCGCUUCCAGGUGACCAGAGCCGGCAUGCCGGCUCUAAUCGUCACGAAGGAAUAGUAAACCGUACACAUUGUGCCCACACCACGGAACAAUGCGAAAAAUUACCUUUUACCGUACAAUGAUCGGCUGCGAUGAAAUCCUCGCUGUGGAUAAAAACACAAUACUACUAUUAAUACUACUACUACUAUUACUAUGUACUAAAAGAAAAUACUGUUACGCCGCUAAACGUUUAGUUCCUCAAACGUAGAAGUAUAGAAAGGUGGAAUAGAAUUAAAAGAUUGGCGCCCGUAUGUAUAGCGCGUCGAUUGGAACUAAUUAAUCCAAUGCAACUAAGCAAAAUUGCAGAUGAAAGUGUUAGGAUAAAUCAAAUAAAAAAAAGUAUAUGGAGGCGCGCAUCUGGCGAUUUCGUUGUCUGUUGUUCCGAACUACGCAUGAAAAUGAAUAAUUAGAAAUAAAUCAAGUUCAAGGAGAAAGACAAGAGAUCAGAGAUCAUCACCUAUUAAAAAGGCACUGGGUGGAUUUUUUCGUUUCCGUUAAUUAGAAGGAAAGAGCAACGCGCGAGCAGGGAAAAUCAGAUUUUGUCACUUUAAUACAACAUCGUUAUUAACUGACACAGUGUACAACCAGCAGCAGUAAAGCCCUCGAGGUGGAAAAAAAUACGUUGUGGUUUGAUUAAACAGCAAUAGAGAAUGGAAUACACUGGAACGUAUGUAUUAGUUAGGAUGAUGCGUGACAAUGGAAAUGUAUGAACCUUCUUUAGCCAAAUAUCCCUCCAAAAACAUUGAAAGUAAUAGUUAUUUUAAUCACAAGCACUUACACAGUUCGAUUAUGGCGAUGGGACAGUAGAGAAACGUGUUAGGGAAAUGAAUGAAGCUGAAACAGAGACGGGGAAAUUUAAAUUUAUUAUAUUUUCAAUAGCGCAAAAUGUUUCAAAAUUUCUUUAAGUUUUGUCCACAUGUAUCGCACAGUGAUCUACAAUUGAUUGAUGUCAAUUUAUUGAAAAUCAUACAAAAUGUUGGAUUCAAUAAAUUCUACAAUUCGGGAGUAGGGGCAGAAUUGGAUGUCGAAUAUGUUAAGAAGUUAUACGAUACAUAUAAAAGAGAGAUGAUCCGUUUAUUAAUCGUUGCUGGCCAACCACUUUGAUACAAAUAGAAUCGGAAUAGCAGCCUCCACCGUCAAGUUAUGAUAACGCGGAAUCUGCUCAACAUCAGUCAAACCGAACCCUGGAGCUUGAAUCUAAAUCAUGUCAUAUGGUAUCGAAUACACGACGGAUCUUCCAAAUAUCUGCACUUAUUUUUUCUUUAUUGUGUGAAUUAGCUGCAAAAUGUUUUCCGGAAAGGGUGUCUUAGACAUGGCUAUCGCAUUCACGGAAGACAGCGCUACUCACUUCUGAUUGUAACACAUGUUUUUAACUGUGGACAAAAUUUCGUGGAAUUUAGAUACCGUUCUGUCUAUUUGGUUAAUCCCGAAACACAAUAGAAGAUGAUUGAAAAAUGACCAAUACUUUUAUUUCGCCUCACAAAGGUAACCAUAUUGUAAUCAAUUGAUUGUAUGAUAGCAAAUCAAACAUUAACGCAAAAGUAACUUAAUUUUUAAAAGGACCUCCUUAGCAACAGAAACAAAUAUAAAACAGUCUAAUUUGUUUUAAGAAGUUUCAACUUUGUCUUAAGCUAUUUUAGAUAAAUUAUUAAAAGAAUAACAAACAACCAAUCGUAACCGAAAAACUGAAACUGAACACAUCCACAACAACAAAAUGCAAUAGUUUCUGGAUUUUUUCAAUGACCAAUAAUUUGACUGAUUUUAGGGUAACUGUGCAAAUAAAACAAAUAUAGGCGUAAGAGAACACCCUCCCCAAUCCUGAAUUGCGGUGACCAGUCCGCUUGCAAAACCGAAAAUUCAUGCAAACAAUAGAAAAAUUUUCUGUACCAUAGACCUGAUUAAACCAUAAGCCAUUUAAAUGUAAACACUUAGAUAAACGGAUACCAACCAACCAGCCCAACUAUAUAGAUAAAGCAAACAGCUCAUUAAACAGUUCGUUAGUUGGGUCGUGUGAGAUGAUUAAAGUUUACCGGGCACAAUCCUGCAGUAAACCAUGGAUUCUGCUUUUUUUUAUCAUGAAUGAAACUUAAUUAUUAUUUUCCCCGCGGUAGCUCAAUUUUUCCCCUUCGUAAGCCUUCUAAGUUCAUUUCUCAAACCAUAAAAACUGAUUUUGUGUGUAAAAAGAGUGACUCGAGAUGCGAAGCGUUGAUAUAGGAUUGUAUUUUUUAAUUUCUUUUGCAUAAUCAAUUUACCAUGUGUUUUUUUUUAUUUUUAAUAAAGAUAAACAAGAAGAAAAGCUUUUCUAUUAUUAUACUUAAGCAUUAGGAGGAAAGAAAAAAGCAAGCAAGAAAAAUAAAUUGACUAGUUUCUAGCGAAAAUCAGAAAAAAUAAUCAAACUGAGGAAAGAAGAAAAACAAUUGUAACGUUGGAGAAAAACUGGACUACGAAAAAGAUAAUGUAAAUGCGCUUGAUUUAAACUUUGA